AUGAUGCCGUAUCUAUCUUUAUUUAUCGUAUUAAUUUUUUGUUCAUUGUCAAUCGAAAAUAAUAAUCAUAUUCUUAUUAUUGCUCUACCUACAAUUAGUCAUAUGCUGCCUUCAUUAGAACUUGCUAAACAACUAUCAACUCAUUGUCAUGUUACAUAUCCUAUUUCAGCAAAUAAAAUCAAGGAACUCGAAAGUAAAGGUUUUAUUCCCAUCUCCAACGUUAACAGAACACUUGAUAUUGAUGGAAAUGAUGAUUUACUUGAAUUUGAACUUCAAGAUUUUCAAAUUAAAUUGAACAAUACGACAAAGAUAAGUCCUGACAAUCGUCAAAAAUUGAUAUUUAAUAAUGUAAUCAAUCGAAUGGGUACAGCACUCAAUCGAUUAUUUCAUUAA